GUGAAUUAAAAGUUUGGAAUUUUAAGGGGUUCAAAUUCCAGAUAAUUUAAGGACAUAUGAACUCUUUACUCAUUGGGUACAACUCAUAAUCUGCUGAAUCACUGUGACCAAAGUUUUAAGUAUUUACACCUUUGUGUAAGUUUUGUGGGAAAGACUAAUCGGUUAAACUGAUAAAUGAGCUGAAGUCACGCCUGAUGUGCAACAACACAAUGCCAUCUACUUUUGCACUGGUUUGUGUUCUUCAGCUCAACUCUGAUCUGAUCUUUUAAUGACUAAAUGCUGUAAGGCAAGUCACCAGGAUGCAUUGCAUGAAGAUGUAUUAUUUUUCUUCACUAAGCCACUGUUUACAUACAGCAUUCCUUACGUUUUCCAACCUCCAUUGGUUGGUCUAAAAAUCUGCUGUUGAUGGGUGGAGUGUUCACAUAGAAAGCAGGGUGGUGCAGUGUUUAUCCAGUAGAGCGCUUUAGAAGGAGAGUUUUCACUGCAGCAGAAACAUGGUUAAAGCUAAGGUCUGGACACUUCGCAAGCAUUUUGUUGGCUUUCCAAAGGAGAGUGACUUUGAGCUUAAAGAGGAAACAUUACCUGAGCUUCAAAAUGGAGAGGUCCUACUUGAGGCCAUCUUCCUCAGCCUUGAUCCAUAUAUGAGAGCUGUGAGUUCAGCCUUAAUGAAAGAAGGUGAUGUACAGAUUGGAGCUCAGGUUGCAAAGGUACUUCAAAGCAAGAACCCAGCUUUUCCUGUGGGCUGUUAUGUGGUCGCUCCAUGUGGAUGGAGGACACACAGUGUGACCAAUGGCAAAGCAAUUUUUAGCCUUGAUAUGAGCCGAGUUCUUCCUGACUGGCCACAAGACGUUCCCCUUUCCUUGGCUGUUGGUGCACUAGGGAUGCCUGGUUUGACUGCCCUGUAUGGCCUAGAGGAGAUUCUGCAGGUGAAGCCAGGUGAGAUUGUGCUGGUGAGUGCAGCAGCCGGUGCUGUGGGCACUAUGGUGGGCCAGAUUUGUAAGAUUAAAGGCUGUAAAGUGGUGGGUUCGGCUGGGAGUGAGGAAAAAGUGGCCUACCUGAAGGAGCUGGGCUUUGACUAUGUUUUCAACUACAAGACCAUAACAUCUCUGGAUGAGGCACUGAAGCAAGCUUCACCUGAAGGCUACGACUGCUACUUUGAGAAUGUUGGAGGUGCUUUCUUUACUGCAGCACUUAAUCAGAUGAGGCCUCAUGGACGCAUUGCUGUGUGUGGUGCAAUAUCGCUGUACAACGCCACCACACCUCAGAUGUGUCCUUUUCCCCACAUGACCAUGCUGGCCAAGAGCAUUAGGAUUGAGGGAUUCCAAGUCAAUCAAUGGCCAGAGAAAGACGAGGCAUCUAUCAGAAGACUGCUUACAUGGCUGAAAGAGGGGAAACUUAAGGCCAAGGAAAAUGUCACAGUGGGCUUUGAGAAGAUGCCUGCUGCCUUCAUCCAGAUGCUGAAAGGGACAGAACUGGGAAAAGCUGUUGUUAAAGUGUAAUUAUUUUACUUUUUGUAAUGUCAUCUAUAUAUUAAAAAAAAUUAAAUGUCACACAUAGAAAAUUCAGUCCCUGUUUGCUAUUAAC